AUGUCACCGGGACCACAACUCGCGGUGGUCGAUCGUUUGCUCAGGGACAUCAUGGGAUCGGAAUCUCCGUUCGGCGGUAAACCGGUCCUGUUCGCGGGCGACUUCAGGCAAAUAUUGCCCGUCGUCCGCCGGGGAAGCAGGAGUGUCAUCGUCAUGUCGUCGAUUAAGCACAACUCUUUGUGGCAAAACUCGGAGAAGUUUGAAUUGACGCGAAACAUGCGCGCCGGUAAUGAUGCGGACUUCGCGGAUUGGUUGCUCCUGCUCGGCAGCGGUCAAUUGCCAACGGUCGACGGUGUUCAAGACACCGUUGAAAUCCCACGGGAAAUGGUAUGUGACGUUGUCGAAUUAAUUGAUUUUGUUUACCCGCAGCACAUAUCGUUGGCUAACGUUGACGAUUUUGCUCGGAAAAUUGUUCUGUGUCCCAGAAACGACGAAUGCAGACAAAUCAAUCGUACAGUGUUACAGCGCAUUGAGGGCGCUGAGAGGACGUAUACUGCCAUAGACACCGUGGUGAUCGACGAUCCCGACGAGGAAGCCAAUUUUCCUACCGAGUUUCUCAACUUGCUGGAACUGAACGGACUGCCGCCGUUCAAAUUGACGCUCAGGGUCGGCGCCAUCGUCAUGUUGCUGAGGAAUCUUGAUCCAAAGAGAAAACUGUGCAACGGUACGAGGUUAGUGGUCACCGAACUCCGGCGACACAACUUCAGAGCGAGGGUGCUGUCUGGUGAUGGUGGUGCGCAAGACGACGUUAUCAUACCAGCGAUACCGAUGACUGCCGGUGGUGAGGACGACCUGCCUUUCAAAAUGAAACGGAUUCAGUUCCCGGUAAGGUUGUCGUUUGCGAUGACAAUCAACAAGUCUCAGGGUCAAACGUUCGACCGAGUUGGAUUGCUCCUACUGUCGCCGGUGUUCACUCACGGGCAACUGUACGUUGCAUUUUCCAGAGUCAGAAACGCUCAAUCUGUCAAAGUCGGGAUGUACGAUGAUGGUAACGGUCGAUUCGUCACAAAGAACAUUGUGCACAGGGAAGUUCUACUAACACGGUAG